UUUUUUAAAAAAACAAUUUAUCCUCUGUAAGAACAUAGGCAAGCCGCUCUUGGUUCUUCUCCCAUGGAUAUUAUGGCGGAGAAGCCUCAAAAUGUGGCAAUUCUCGAGCAAUUGCAACUAGGAAUUGCUCGAUUUGAGCUCGCAUCUUCGCCUGUAAGUUCAAUUUCACCUUCGAACUCAGUUGCUCCUUCUUUCCCUUUUUCUAUGAAUCGCAGUCAUUCACUCUUUGCUAAAAUUGGACCCGUGCCGGACAGUGAAUCGCCUGCAUUGAGGAAUGCUGAGCACUACAAGGUCCAAAAAGUUACUGGAGAUGGACGCUGCCUGUUCCGUGCGCUUGCUAAAGGAAUGGCUUUCAACAGGGGGAUUCCUCUUCGUCCAUUUGAGGAGAAAAAUGAUGCAGAUGAUUUACGCAUGGCUGUGAAAGAAGUCAUUUGUGAUAAUGGCAAAGAAAGACGGCAGUAUGAAGCAGCCCUCAUUGCAAUUACUGUUGAGGAGUCAUUAGAACGCUACUGCCAGCGAAUUCGUACACCUGACUUCUGGGGAGGAGAGUCUGAGCUAUUGGUAUUGUCAAAGCUCUGCAAGCAACCUAUCAUUGUCUACAUACCAGAGCAUGAGCACAAAAUGGGUUGUCGAGGCUCUAGCUUUAUUCCUAUUGCAGAAUAUGGAGCUGAGUUCAAGAGAGGAAAGCCCAAGAAACCUGUGAGGUUGCUUUACAGCGGUAGGAACCACUACGAUCUACUUGUUUGAGAAUCUUAUUUUAAGGCCAUCCCAACUUGUUGCUAUCUAAAUUAUAAACAUAAGAAAAGAACUUGAGGCAUGCUUCACAGGGAUUGGUAUUACAAUUAACACUUCAACAAUGGUAGGAGAAGCCCAAUAACACAACAACCGAAGCUCUCUUAUUGGCAAUCAAUAGCUUGUAGAAUGUCAAUUUUCUGUGUUCUAUCAUCUUUUCUUGCAUUGUGAAUGUGAGUUCCAAACUUUAGUUGUUUAAAAAAGUGCUCUUAUGUGUAUUUCAUGAGUAUGAAAGUGAGGAUUAAUUGGGAGAAUAAUGCACCUUAAGAAAAUAAUUAGAGAAAAAA